AUGUAACUUGAAAUCUUGCAACUGAAAAACCUAGCCAAGUAUGCAUUUGUUAUUAUUGGACCUGCAAAUUAUGGUUGGAAUGAAGAUGGUACUUACUAUAUCGAUAAUUAUACUGCAAGCAACGCUUACGAUCUCAGCAUUUUUGAAUCAUAUUAUUGCCCAGAUGAUCUUGAUUUCAUUCUUUCUGGAACAUCUGCAUCAGCAAGUAUUUGGUAUUAUUAAAUUGCAAUUGAGAGGUGUGGGAGUGCAAGAGACAAAAGAAAUAUUACAUGCUCAAACAAAGAUGAAAUUGAACGAGCUCUUGAUUAAUUAGAACUUCAAAUAGUACUAAUAAAUUAAAUCCCAAAUAUAAAUGAUUUUUCAGAUAAUCCUAUUCAAAACUACAUUAAACUAAUCUAUGGCUAGUGCUCAUCAUUAUCGUCGUAAUCAUAUGAUAUGAAGAUCAGUUAAAACUAUAUGGUAUCUAGUGAUUCAUGGCUCUCAAAUGUAUUUGCCUAAUAAAAUCAUUCCUAUCAAUCGGUGAGAGAGGAUCAUUACUAUGCUGGCAGAAAUUAGUGGCCGUAACCUUUGUCUUUCUAUUUUUAUUUUGAUGAUGUUGCAGGUACCACAAUAAGGACAACGUAUUCUUUAGCAGAUGCAUUUUGCAAGAAAAAAGCUAAUUAAAAAAUUUGA